GUCCUACACUAUCGACAAAAUGCACCUUGGAGAUACGCAUCGGCUUGCUCCGAGAGAGAAACGCUUUCGGGAGCUGGAAGGUUUUACAGACCUCUUCAGCAUUAAAAAAGGAAACAGCCUCCAAAAAUAACCCUGGAACUUGCAGCAGACACCUCCCAGGGCUGGAAAAUGAAGCAGGCACACGGCGGGGGGAAGAAAGAAGACUGUGUCAGCCAUAACCUUUCGCAGAAUGGAUCUGAAGGAAUCACGUUCAAAUCAGGAGGGGAACAAGUAUGAAACGCCGCCUAUUCCGGACCUUCUGCACCUCCUGCUGAAAGGCAGACACCCUACAGGACCAGUCAAUGAGGUCUGGCCUGGUGUGUACAUAGGCAACGCAUCCACAGCUCGUGAUAAAGAGCUACUAUUACACCUGGGAAUCACCCACAUUGUGAAUGCCGCCAGUGGCCCAGAACACAUCGAUACUGGCCCCACCUUCUACUCAGACUUGGCCGUGACUUAUUAUGGUGUGGAGGCUGCAGAUCACCGGGACUUUGACCUUACCCCUUUCUUCUAUCCAACUGCGAGAUUCAUGCGGGAGGCACUUUCCCAAAAAGGGAGAGUGUUCGUCCACUGCGCACGGGGAAUCAGUCGAUCCGCCGCACUGGUGCUGGCCUUCCUCAUGAUCUCCGAGAAGCUCACUCUGGCAGAGGCCAUCAAGGCAGUCCGGCAGCACAGGAACAUCCUUCCUAAUGCAGGCUUUCUGAGCCAGCUGCACCAUUUGGACCAGAAGUUAGCUCCAAUGAAGUCACAGCAGGACUCCUAGAAAGUGUAUCUUCAAGUGCAGUGCAAAAUGCCUGCAUGCGUAUGCAUGAAUGCCCAGAUUUGUGCCUCAGUGUUCUGGCAUACAGUGCAGAUCCCUGUGACCGUAACUGGAUUUGCAGUUCUAAAAAACAUACAUCAAUUAUAAUGGAAAUUUCCGGAAUAUACCCGACUAUCAACUUAGCUAAAAUGCGUACACAGUGGCACGAAUGAACAGUCAUGAAAACUGCAUGUAAAACUCCGUACAUACCCAUAGUAACACGGGGCCGGAGGAAAGGAUUCACAGAAAGAGAGGUAACAAGAUUGGAAGUGACAGCAAUAUUUUAAAGGGGAUUUAAAGGUGAAGAGGGUUCUGGAGAAGCUAAGCUGGGCACACCGCUACCUGAAUGCUAGCGAGUACAUCAUCCGCGGCCCAGAGGGGAGCACUGACUACCGCCGGUCUCCAAAGUCAGCAGACCGCGGGGAACAAUUGGGUGUGCGCUGGGGAAAGAAGCAUAAAUCCAAUUCCUAGUAUGUAUAAAGGUGUGUGGUGAGAUCAGCCCUUGUUUACACACAGUUGGGGGACAAGGGUUGCUUUUGAAAACAAUAAAUACCGGCCAUCCUUUUGA